GCGGGUGCAAAACGAAGCCGGGUCGCCCGUGUCCCGGCAUCCUUUGCGGUUGCUCCAUGGGAGUUCUAGGCGGAACAUACUCUUCGAAGCGCGGGAAAAUAUUUAUUUUUUGACAACAGGGGAGUAGAAUGUAACUGCAAUAAGCUAUACCCGUGUGCAAUACGCUCUUAAGCACAGCUGGCCUGAAAGUCCAGGCAAGGGAAGCAAACGGUGGCUGCACUUCUGCAUUUCCACGUCCUCUGGAUAAUUUCCUAACAGGUGAAAAUGUCGAACUGGAUUAAUCCUAUGGUUCCGAUGCACCCCUUGCCUAAAGGUUAAUGUGAGUGUUAUCUUUGCACACUGAUAUUCUAAACCAGGGGUCCCCAAACUAAGGCCCGGGGGCCGGAUGCGGCCCUCCAAGGUCAUUUACCUGGCCCCUGCCCUCAGUUUUAUAAUAUAAUAUUUUUAUAUCAGUUUUAAUAAUAUAAUAUUGUAUAUACAUAUAAUAUUGAUAGAAAUAUUAUAAUGUAAUGCAAUGUAAUACUAAUAAUAAUACCAUAUAAUAAUAUUAAUUAUAUAUUAAUUAUAUAUUAUAUAUUAAUUAUAUAUUAACAUCAGGAAGAACUUCCUCACUGUGAGAAGGGCUGUUCGGCAGUGGAACUCUCUCCCCGGGGCCGUGGUGGAGGCUCCUUCCUUGGAGGCUUUUAAGCAGAGGCUGGAUGGCCAUCUGUCGGGGGUGCUUUGAAUGCGAUUUCCUGCUUCUUAGCAGGGGGUUGGACUGGAUGGCCCAUGAGGUCUCUUCCAACUCUACUAUUCUAUGAUUCUAUGAUUGCAUGUAAUAUUACUAACAAUAUUACAAUAUAGUGGUAUAAUUCAAUAUCUAUAUAUAUAAAAGAGUGAUGGCAUCACGGCGACCCACAAAACAUCAAAACUACAGGCCCCCCAACCUUGAAAUUUGACAACACAACCCAUCAUCCAUGCCUCUAGGUUGAUACAACAAAAAGAAAAGAAAAAUAAAGUCCUAAUUAGAGAGAGAGGAAUAAUUGCAUUUAUCCAGUUGCUGCCAGUUAGAAGGCUAAGCUCCUCCAACUUGGUCUCCUAGCAACCCAAAAAAAAGUAAUAAAAAACACUAAAAAAUUAAUACAAUAAAAUACUAUAAUAACAGAAAAUAACUAAAAAUAAUACAAGAAAAUAAUAAAAUAUAAUAAAUAAAAAUAUAACUUACAAUAAAAUUAAUAAAAAAUUGUAAAUAACGUCAAAUAAAAAUUACACAACAUUUUUUAACCAUUAACACCACUCCUUUGCCACAGCAACGCGUGGCCGGGCACAGCUAGUAGUAAUAUAUAAUGCUAAUAUUGUUCUAUGCUAUUAAUAUAAUCUAUAUAUAUAAAAGAGUGAUGGCAUCACGGCGACCCACAAAACAUCAAAACUACAGGCCCCCCCAACCUCGAAAUUUGACAACACAACUCAUCAUCCAUGCCUCUAGAUAGAUACAACAAAAAGAAAAGAAAAAUAAAGUCCUAAUUACAGAGAGAGGAAUAAUUGCUUUUAUCCAAUUGCUGCCAGUUAGAAGGCUAAGCUCCUCCAACUUGGUCUCCUAGCAACCCAAUAAAAAAUAAUAAAAAACACUAAAAAAUAAUUAAAAACGCAAAAAAAUUAAUACAAUAAAAUACUAUAAUAACAGAAAAUAAAUAAAAAUACAAGAAUAUAAUAAAAUAUAAUAAAUAAAAAGAUAACUUACAAUAAAAUUAAUUAAAAAAUACAAAUAACAUCAAAUAAAAAUUAUGCAACAAUUUUUAACCAAUACCACCACCACUUUGCCACAGCAACGCGUGGCCGGGCACAGCUAGUAUAUUGUAUAUAGAUAUAAAUUGUAAGCUGCUCUGAGUCCCCUUUGGGGUGAGAAGGACAGGAUAUAAAUGUAGUAAACAAAUAAAUAAAUAAUAAAUAAAUUUUUGACUUAGGCUCGCCCAAAAUCUGAAAUGACUUGAAGGCACACAACAACAAUAAUCCUAAUUCACUUGACUAUCUUGUUGGCCAGAAGCAGGUCCACACUUCCCAUUGAAAUCCUGAUCGGUUUGAGUUGGUUAAAAUUGUUUUUAUUUUUAAAUAUUGUAUUUUUCUUUCAUCAUUGUUGUUGUUGUUGUUGUUUUUGCACUACAAAUAAGACAUAUGCAGUGUGCAUAGGAAUUUGUUCAUUUUUUUUCCUUCAAAUGAUAAUUCGGCCCCUCAACAGUCUGAAGGAUUGCUUCAGUUUGAAGACCCCUGUUCUAGAUGAACAUGGCUCCGUCUUUGAAUUCUGUCUAUCUGUAUGUGAGAGAAUGGGACAAACUGUAUCUGAAUUUCCGAGGCUUUGAAGUCCUUUUGGAGUUUGGGAAUCACCAGUUUAAAGCAUGUGCACGUUGUGUUGACUCCUGGCAAUGUUCUUCCUUCCCAUUUGCGUUGGGAAUUUAACUGAACAGAUUUUGGGUUGACUAUCCUAGCUUCCAUGAAUCGAUCCUUCUGUUGGAACGAGGUGCUUGCUGGCUUUGUUAUGCAAAGAGGAUUCCCAUUCGUGGAAGGAAUACUAAAUGGAAUUAUAGUCCUGGAUAAUGUGCAUUGGUGUAUCUAUAUAUAUAAAAGAGUGAUGGAAUCCCGGCGACCAACAAAACAACAAAACUACAGGCCCCCCAACCUCGAAAUUUGACAACACAACCCAUCAUCCACGCCUCUAGGUUGAUACAACAAAAAGAAAAGAAAAAUAAAGUCCUAAUUACAGGGAGAGGAAUAAUUGUUUUUAUCCAAUUGCUGCCAAUUAGAAGGCUAAGCUCUGCCCACUUGUUCUCCUAGCAACCCACUCAGCCCAGGGGACAGGCAGAGUUAUUAUUAUUAUUAUUAUUAUUAUUAUUAUUAUUAUUAUUAUUAUUAUUUACAGCAUUUAUAUUCCACCCUUCUCACCCCGAAGGGGACUCAGGGCAGAUCACAUUACACAGAUAGGCAAACAUUCAAUUCCUUUUAACAUAGAACAAAGACAAGACAAACAUGGCUCCGAGCGGGCCUCGAACUCAUGACCUCCUGGUCAGAGUGAUUCAUUGCAGUGAUUCAUUGCAGCUGCUCUCCAGCCUGCGCCACAGCCUGAGCUUUUCCCUUGCAUGCUGAAACUUCUGCUGAGCUUCCUGUCCUGUUCUAUCUAUCUGAAGUCCAAAGUAUAUAUGUAUUUGUUUUGGUUGGAUGGAGACUCCUACGUAACUCGAUGGAUCGGGACCGCCCUUGGCACUUGAACCUUUCAUUUCCCAACUUGAAAUAAUUGCCAUAAAAUCCAAGGGCACAAAAAAGUAAACAAAGAAAAUGGCCGCUGGACUAUUUGUAUAUAAUGUGUUCGCAGCACCGACUCGGGCUGAGUAGUGAUUCUCGCAGCACUGAUAUCGAUCUCUCUUUGGGGAGGUUCUUCUUGUGCCUCCAUCCUUGUUGUUGGACUCGGUCCUCCUUUGCGGUCGUCUUUCCCAUUCUCUCCGCCGUCACCAUUGUAAUGUCUUCUCAUGGGUGGGAUGCACAGGCCACCUUCUGCCGGGACCAGGAAGGAACUUUUGUCUCAGAGCCAGUCCCAGAAUGAUUCACAAGUGGAAAACAAAUGCCACGUAUAUGAGGGUGUUAGGAUUUGCCCAUGCCAUGCCUGCUCUAGGGUAACCUCUGGUGGAAGGUGCUCUUUUCAACCUCUCAUGUUCCCUCAUUCCCACCAGACGACCCAAACCGUUGAGUCUUUCUGUGCCUUCCAAGGCGGCAGAAUUAUUAUUUACAGUAUUUAUACCUUGCCCUUCUCAGAGUGGCUUAUAAAACACACAUACGGCAUUAUACAAGGACAGACAAUACACAGACAGAGGUAACGGCUGUAGUGAGUGAAUUAGAACCAGACAUCCUGAGGAGCAAGGUUGAAUGGGCCUUAAGAAGCAUUUCUAGUAACGAGGCAGCAGGAGACGACGGUAUCCCAGCUGAACUGUUUAAAACUGGAAAGGGGAUGCUGUCAAGGUGAUGAAAAGAUAAUAAUAUUGAGGAUAACUUUGGUGGUGUGGUGAGUGAAUUAGAACCAGACAUCUUGAGGAGCGAGGUUGAACGGGCCUUAAGAAGCAUUGCUAAUAGCGAGGCAGCAGGAGACGACGGGAUCCCAGCCGAACUGUUUAAAACUUGAAAGAGGAUGCUGUCUAGGUGAUGAAAAGGUAAUAAUAUUGAUAACUUUGGUGGUGUGGUGAGUGAAUUAGAACCAGACAUCCUGAGGAGUGAGGUUGAAUGGGCCUUAAGAAGCAUUUCUAAUAACGAGGCAGCAGGAGAUGACGGGAUCCCAGCUGAACUGUUUAAAACUAGAAAGAUAAUGCUGUCAAGGUGAUGAAAAGAUAAUAAUAUUGAGGAUAACUUUGGUGGUGUGGUGAGUGAAUUAGAACCAGACAUCCUGAGGAGUGAGGUUGAAUGGGCUUUAAGAAGCAUUGCUAAGAACAAGGCAGCAGGAGACGACGGGAUCCCAGCUGAGCUGUUCAAAAUCCUGAAAGAGGAUGCUGUCAAGGUGAUACCAGGCAAGAUUCUGGAAAAGAUCAUUAAGGAAGUCAUGGCCAUCAGAUUGGGAAAAUCCUGACCCUCCCGACUUAUGCAUUUCGUAGGGCUUUCUUCGGCAAGAAAGACUCAGAAAUUGAGGGGUUUGCCUGCGAGAUGGAUCCCUGGUUUGCUUGGCUACGGAAAGGUCCUUUUUUCGGGCCAUCGCGUCCAGAACCACACUGAUUUCGGGAGCCUGAAAGGGCACGUUCCCCAUCCAUGUACAGAGAGUACAUUUGGGGGGAAAGGGACCAAGGUGGGACCGAGUGUGUGGCUCAAUGACACAUGGAAGAGAGUGUUUGCGGAGACACAGAGAGAGGAGUGGCUUUGAGCCUCGCUUGGGCUCUGCGUCGCCUGUGUGGUAGGGCUGAGCUCGAGACCACCACCCAACCAUCCAUCGAACCAUCCAUUCAUGGAAACCUGAAGGAGAAGCUCUUCCUGCGAGGAGUCCAGGAGUCCGACCGCCCGACUGCCCCUUUCUGCAGCUCUGGGGGGGGGGGGGGGGGAAGGAGGCUCUCAGCAUGGCCUCCCCUUCCUCUCCUCGCUGCACAUAACACCUGGGGUCUCGUCUCGUCUCGUCUCGUCUCUUCCUUCCUUCCUUCCUUCCUUCCCUUGGCACACCACUGCUUUCCUGCAGCUGCUCCGAGGGAGUGCAUGCAUGCGCCUGGCUCUCUCUGCAUGCGCUGGGCAUGGGCUGCCCUUUGUCUCUCUCUCUGUGUCUGCAGGACGAGAGCAGGAGCAUCCUCUCUCUCUCUCUCUCUCUCUCUCUCAAUUCGCCUCUCUCUCAAUUCGUCUCCCGCGAGGAGUUUGGCCAGUGGGAGCCCUGCAGUGUUGUGGGCGGGGAGUGUGCUGUGCUGAGCUAGCGCAUCCUCCUCGGAAGGAGGGAGGGAUGCUAUAAAGCAAGCCCUCCUUCCUCUCUCUCUCUCUCUCUCUCUCUCUCUCUCUCUCUCUCUCUGUCUCGCUUCCUCCUCCCUUCCUUCCUUUCUUUUCUUUCCUCCCAGAGCCCGCCCCUUGCGAACCUUGCGUGGCUGGCGAUUGCUGGAGCUCCUCUUCUCCUUCCUUCCUUCAUUCCUUCUCUCCUCUCCUUCUCUUUCUCUCUCUCUCUCCCCCGAAACAGUUGUGUUGCAGAGGUGGAGGGGCAGGGAAGGGUGCCCCUGCUUACCCCAUUUUGGGUGGGUGGGCAGCCUUGUGGACAAUGACAAUGCCCACCCGGAGGAAUCAGAAGCAUCGCGGAAUCAGAAGCAUCGCGGAAGCAUCCUCCUCCAGCGAGGCGGCACAUGAGGCAGCUGCAAUGACAGUGGCGGCGGAAUGAGUGAGUGAGUGAGCGAGCGUUGCCGCAGGAUGAACGCCUCGCUGGACGGCGGUGGCGGGGGCAACCAGAGCCACACUGCGGGCAAGCCCUUCUGCCUCUUGGCGGCCGGCUACCCGGAGGCGCCGGACGUCUGCCUGCUGGAGGCGGUCAUCAUCGUCUUCCUGACCGUGCUGAUCAUCUCGGGCAACGUGGUGGUGAUCCUGGUCUUCCACUGCGCCCCGCUGCUCAACCACCACACCACCAGCUACUUCAUCCAGACCAUGGCCUACGCGGACCUGCUGGUGGGCGUCAGCUGCCUGGUGCCCUCGCUCUCGCUGCUGCGCCACCGCCUGGCCUUCCUGCCGGAGCCGCUGGUCUGCCAGGCCUUUGGCUACGCGGUCUCGGUGCUCAAGAGCGUCUCCAUGGCCUCGCUGGCCUGCAUCAGCGUGGACCGCUACCUGGCCAUCACGCAGCCGCUGACCUACAACACGCUGGUCACGCCCUGCCGCCUGCGCCUCUGCAUCCUGCUCGUCUGGCUCUACUCGGGCGCCGUCUUCCUGCCGGCCUUCUUCGGCUGGGGCAAGCCGGGCUACCACGGGGACGUCUUCCGCUGGUGCGCCGACGCCUGGGAGACGCGCGCGGCCUUCACGCUCUUCAUCGUGGCCACGCUCUACGCCCCGGCCGCCUUGGUGGUCUGCUUCACCUACUUCAGCAUCUUCCGCAUCUGCCGGCAGCACACCAAGGAGAUCAGCGAGCGGCGGGCGCGCUUCGGGGCGCAGGAGGGCGGGGAGGCGGCCGAGGCCCAGCCCUGCCCGGACAGGCGCUACGCCAUGGUGCUCCUGCGCAUCACCAGCGUCUUCUACGCCCUGUGGCUGCCCUACAUCGUCUACUUCCUCCUGGAGAGCUCCUCCGUCUACCGCAGCCGCGCGGCCUCCUUCCUGACCACCUGGCUGGCCAUCAGCAACAGCUUUUGCAACUGUGUCAUCUACAGCCUCUCCAACAGCGUCUUCCAGAAGGGCCUCAAGCGCCUCUCGGGCGCCCUCUGCGCCGCCUGCGCCCGGCACCGCCCUGCCAGGGACUCCUCCGCCUCCCGGAGCAAGCGGCCCUCCAACGGCUGCCAGGCCUGAGCCGCCAGCGAGGCCUUUAAAAACAUGCCCAGGUUUGCAAAAAAUACACAUGUGUCCGAGAGGGAACCUUGUGCCGAUUGAGAAGAAUCCGGGAUCCCCAUAAGCAUGUGAAGUCUGUCUGGUGUCUCGCUUGGGGUGGGGAAAGGCGUCCCAGUCGGAGCAACUGGAAACCAGUGGGCGCUGGGUGACGAUGGUGUGCAUGUGAGGAGGGCGAGACCCUUCCAGGUGCUUGGAGACCUCUGUUUGCGUCCCUGCGGGAAUGUCUCAGUGGUCUAUGACGGUGUUUCCCCCCCGGUUUCGUUCGUUGGUUUGUCUGUCUGUGCAUAUGCCAAAGUAUAUUUCCAAAACUCAAGGGGCCAAACGGUGUUGUCUUUUUCUCCUUCCCCCCUUUUCAGACCCUUAUAGACAUAUUGCAAAAAAAAUGUAAACACUUGAACGUUUGGAUUUCGGUGUGCAACGAUGCAGGGAUGCCGCCCCGUCCGAACCUCACACCCCUCCUUGUGUUUGCCCUGGGAUCCCUGUUUCGGCACUUUUCCCGACCCAUUCCCAACCCCUUAUAGACAUAUUGCAAAAAAUGUAAACACUUGAACGUUUGGAUUUCGGUGUGCAACGAUGCAGGGAUGCCGUCCCCGAACCUUCCGCCCCUCCUUGUGUUCGUCCCUGUUUCUCACUCCUUCCCACCACCCAAUUAGGACGUCCGUUUGUGAUUUAGAAGCCCAGUAUUUGAAAAUGAAACUCAAUUGUCUGUAGUGACGGGAUGACUUUUGGAGGAGGCCGAAUUGAGCCGCUGAAUAAAGUGUUUUCCUUUUCUUAAAAGAA